UGGCUAGAACGAACAAUAGCAUAAUGGACCUACCGUCGAAAGGUGGGCGCGAUAUCAUUAUCCCGUCCUGCGAUUAUUAGUGCGAAACGGUUGUCAGUUACGCCGUACGGAGAUAUCAACAUUUAUGCAUUAUUUAGUUUGUAGUCAGAACACUACCAUCAAAAUGGAGAUUCCUUUCUCAAAGAAAACUAUAUUUACCUUCCUACUCGUGGUGGUUUUCUACCUGCUGAUUCGGGAGUAUAUUGUUUACAGCACAACGGUUACGAAGCCACCAGAGAUUCUAGAAGAAAUGAUUAGUAUUAAAACGGGACAGCUUGAUGAAUCAGUGUAUGUGAAACCGCAUGACAAAACCAAUACACCAAAGCACUGUGUCGACAGUUAUGAUCUGGAUCCAAAGAAACCAGCCGCAGCUUCUAUGUCAAAGAUAGUCAUGCUAGGAAAUGAACGCAAAUUAUUUGAACUUGGGGAGAAGAUAACAGUGCGAAUAACACUUAGUGAUGGGAAUGGUAAAGCCAAAUCAGUCGGUGGAGACCAGGUCAGAGUGUGGAUGGUAGAACCAGCCAAGAAAGCCAAUUCAACGGGAUAUGUCAUUGACCAUGGGAAUGGUACAUACACGGGUCAUCUGAAAGCAUUGUGGGUAGGAAAUCCCGUUAUAAGAUCUGCAAUAGCUAUCACGUGUGAAGGUAUUGGUGUCAGAUAUCAUGCGUUGAAGGUGCCAGGAAAAUUGAAAGGGCUUGUCGGUGUUUUCAAGUCUCAACAAAUAUCCGAAGAAACAGUCUGCGCACCUAGUCCUGACUUCAAAGGAGAGUUCUGCAAUUUUACGGCUGAGAAUUUUGGUCUUCCUUGGUUCUGCGCCCGACCAAAAAACCUUAAGCUGCUGUGCCAUGACUGGGUUAAAGUGCGUGGAAUUUAUCAGUUUUCAUACACAGGACAGGAGACGGCAAUAAUGAGAGGACACAAGUUACUGAAGCCAGACAUUAAGAUAAACGUCACCACAAAAGGUAAAGUGCUACAUGUAUCCCCGCCACCAGUCGCAUGCAACAGAAUUCCCAACAUAGAGACCUGGUCUUUAAGAUCCCCAGUAGGAUUUUUCUUCCAGGGCAAAUGGUUGUCUACGUACUGUACUAGCACUAUUGAAGACUCGGUAGCCGCUUAUACAAAAUGUCUUCAAAACCAUCGUAUUCAGAUAAUAGGAGAUUCAACCUCGCGGCAGUGGCUAAUGUUUCUAGAACAGAUGCUUCAUUUCGAUCGUCUAGAUAUGUUUAGGCAACACAGACCAAUAGUGACUGUCCAGAAAACUCAUAACAUAACAAUGUCCUGGUUCACACAUGGGUAUCCUUUCUUGCAUCCAACUUUUUCCAAUAACAAAGCGUUCAGCAAACCACCCCAUGUGUAUUUGGAUAAACUUCCAAGAGGAUGCAACGAUAUCAUCAUUGUCAGUUUAUAUCUUCAUUUUAAUCCAUAUAACCCUGACAUUCUGAAACGUCAGACACACGCUCUGGUGAAGUCAGUUAAAAGUCUGUUGAAGCGUUCUCCAAAUGUGACUAUCGCAUUCAAAGGAUUCCAUGCAUUUCGCGACGAAUCAUUGUUUCUAGAUGAUUACUGGGCAUCCGUGUAUGAAUUAAUUGUUAAACGAGAAUUUGCUACAAUACAAGACAAAGUUAUCUAUCUUAACGGCUGGGAUAUAACUGUUUGUUCUGAAAAUGAAAGAUAUCACAAUUCAGAAGAGAUCGAUAAAGAAAUGGUGCACACUGCAUUGAGUCACAUAUGCAGAUAGACAUUAUUUAAUAAUAAUUAUCGGUAAUACCCGAUAAUUGUAUUUAAUGAAGUUUUGAGAUAGUUUUGUGUUGUGAUCAGUUCCAUUGUAUAGUAUAUAUUAAUUAAUUAUAUGUGGUACAGCGUAACAAUAAUACAAUUAGUCAUUUAAAAAUACGCCACUUCCUCUCUUUGUUUGUAGCUUGAGUCAGAUAGACGUGUUUGGAAUGUUUUUUUGUUGUGUUUUUUUGUGUUUUUUUUAAAGAUUUAUUGCCCCCAGAACAUAGAUAGUGAACAGGUUGGGGAGCCGUGGUCACUGCCUUACAAAGUACAUAUUUAAACAAUAGUAUCUAAACAAAAUAUGCUAUUUAAAUACGUUAAUGCUUUCUGUGGUAUUUAUAAGACGGAAAGGGAGAGAGAGAGAGAGAGAGAGAGAGAGAGAGAGAGAGAGAGAGAGAGAGAGAGAGAGAGAGAGAGAGAGAGAGAGAGAGGGUGCAACAGCAGUAGAUAAGUGUAAAGAAGUUGUGGGGAUAUUGAGAGAGUAUUAGAGAAUGACAUUUUAAUUAGUACUCUAUUUCCAAGUGAACUUUCAAAGCAUUAUUUUUAAUUAAAACAUUCUUUCAUUGCUUAUGAAAUGCUUCAUAGUUGCAAU